AACUGAUGUUGAAGAUGCUCUGAAAGUUUUAAAUUUUUGCUAUUUAUCUUGUAUCUCCUUGUUGAUGGAAUGCAGAACAGAACCAUUUAAAGCUAUCUGGAGGACAGCAUAUGCGUGGGAACCACUAGGAUAUUAUCUCUAUCGUUGAAGCAGAUCAUGUCUAUAUUAUUAGAGGUAAUGUUAUUAGGAUAGUCAAUACAUAAACAAACUUGAAAGAAGAACGAAAAGGAAAGGGGUUUGGAGUUUGGACGAUGUAAAAUUAAGGACUUAAAUUCAAAAGAACCAUGCAACCAUUGAAGCUAAGACAGCCAGUGCAGCAGGAACACCCGGAGCCAGUCCCCCACUUUCCAUUGGUGAUGGUGGAAUUGCCACUUGAUCUUCCCUCAAAGCGGGGAUCCCGGUGGCGAAAACAGCAACAACCGCAAUGUAGACAAUCAAAAUCAUGGCCACCUUGCUACCCUGCAUUUCCGACCGACCCAAAAACAGGAAAACUCAAAUUUGAAGCUAGAUCGAGGAAAAUAAAAAGUUUCGGAUUAGUAGAUUUUUAUAUACAAACAAGUGUCGAGUGCUCAGAAGCUUGCAAAGGUUGAAGAUCGGUCGGAGUAUUAUCACACUAUCCACCAGCUUAUUUUGGUAUAAAUAGUAAACUUAUUUUGAUAUAAUGGCAUGUAUAUGUUAACUUAGCCAAUGGAUGGCUUGUAAAUGAAUGUUUGUAAUCUAGCCAUUGGAAUGGCUAGUAAUGGUUUGAUUUGGUAUAUUAUUAUAAGG